AUGACCGUUUCCACUUUGAUUUUUGUUUUCAUUCUAAUUUCUGUGACUCAUGCUUCACUUCAAAAAUCAUCGAAUUGCGGACAAAUGGCGGCUUGUGCUGUUGAAAAAUGUUUGAAUCGAGAUUUAGUUGAAAGAAUUAUCCGAGAAUCACCGAAGGAAAAGGUUUUCGCAAAUCUGGUUGAAAAGUGAGUGUUUUUCUAUUAUUGAUGUUCAAUGAUUUUUGCAGAUUUGAUAUGGUUUGUAUUGCUUCAAAAUGUGGAAAUGAGUGUUCAAAAUGUCGACAAUGUCAUUACGCAUUGGAACAAAUGAGUGCUUUGGCUCAAGGAGAAAAAACAUGUGAGAUUUAAGAGAAACAAAAAAGUUUUAAACUUUGAUUUUCAGCCGGAAUUUGCCCCAAAUUGGAGACGUGUGUUUUCGAUUGUCUUAUGGAAAACGUUGACAAAGUUAUGUCAUGUGUAGCGAAAAAGUGUAAUGUUCAUUGUUAUGAUGGAGAUUGUCCAUCUUGUCGUGUAAUUUCAAGACGAAUUUUCGGUAUUAUUUGUAAGAAACAUAAUUUGAUUGAUACAUUUGAAUAUGCUGGAACUUGUCCAAGUCUAUUCAUGGAAUUAGCUGAUGAUUAUGUUAAAAAUAAUUAGGUUAUAGAUACUAACAUUUUGUUUUUCAUUUUCAUUGUUUGUAAAUAAAGUUUUUUUCGGAUUAGGAACUAUCGGUGGUCGAAGAAAAAGAAAAAAAAUAAAUAUAGGACUACUGUAGCACACAAGUUGUCGUCAAAGUGUUUGCACAUUGCGGAGCUUGAAAAAUAUAUUUUUUUGGUUUUCCAAGCUUUUUUCUUGAAAGCGGUCAAACCCAUCGAAUUUCCCAUAUUUCUGGUGUAUUCUUGUUUUAAAUUUAGGCGAAUAGGUUGGUUUAUUUGUUUUCAGAGAUCUGAAAUCGUAAAUUCAUUGAAAAAACUCUUUUUAAUUUAUUUAACGAAAAUUAAAAAAACUUCACGCUGAGAACAAAAAUCCACGUUUUUUCAUUUCUACAAAAUUGUUUUUCAUUCAUUUCUGAUAAAAGGCAACGAUUAUUUUUCUUCUAGCGUUUCCAAGUAAGUUAUUUUCCAAAUCUUUUAGAUUUUGUACAAAAAUCUACUCUAGAAAAUUAAAAUACCACAGCUUUCUAAACAUUUUCCCUAUUGCAAAAAUUUCCCCAAUUCAAAACAAUGCGCGUCAAAUACAUCAAAUGCACAGCUGCUAGUGUUUACACAAUUCUCAGCUUAUGUGUUACGUGUACGACAAAAUCGAUCGAUUGGUUUUUUAUUCGCCAUAAUAAACCGGUUCUCUUUGACAGCUGAACAUUUCUUCCUGAUAUUUGUUCUUUUAUGUUAUUUGGGUGUUUUUUCCAGAAUGUCUGACGAAAAUGGACCUUCAAAGACUGAUCUUCAAACCGCAAUGCGUAAAUUACGCGCAUUGAAUGCCAACAAAUUGUGUUUUGAUUGUGGAGCAAGAAAUCCAACUUGGUGCACAGUUACUUAUGGUAAUUUUCUUCUUUUUUUCUGUAUUUUCCAAUAAUUCCUCCCAUUUCAGGUGUCUUUUUAUGUAUAGACUGUUCUGCUGUCCAUAGAAAUCUCGGAGUACAUUUAACAUUUGUUCGUUCAACAAAUUUGGACACCAAUUGGACAUGGUUGCAAUUGAGAUCAAUGCAAUUGGGUGGAAACUCGAAUGCCACGCAAUUCUUCAAACAACACGGGUGCAACACCACAGAAGCACAACAGAAAUAUAAAAGUCGGGCUGCGCAAAUGUAUAGGGAUAAGUUGUUGCAAUUGUGUCAAGAAGCGCAACGGAAGUAUGGACAACAAUUGAUUAUUGAUACUUUGACGCAUGCGGAUGAUUCUGCCAAAAAUGUAAGUUUACAAGGACGCGCAGGUGUUGAACUUUUGAUGAAAUAUACCAAAUCGACCAUGCUGAUCAGGAUUCCGAAGUCAAAAAUUUCCCUGUGAGCACUUUUCUGCAGCUCCAAAAAUACUUAGUUCGCCCAUUUUAUCCUGAUUCCCGUGUGGAAAAUCAAUUCUUAUAAGUUGGAUAAGGUUGUUCACCACAUUCAAAAACUUAUCAGCUUUUUAGUUUUUCAAAAAAUAUCAAAUGAAAACUGUAAUUUUAAAAAGUUUUUUGUGCAUUUUGAAAAAUUACAGUUUUCACUUGCUAUUUGAUAAACUAAGAAGCUGAUAGGUUUUCGAAUGUGGUGAACAACCUUAUUCAAAUUAUUAAAAUUGAUUUUCCACCCAGGAACAAAGUGAAAAUAGACGAACUAAGUUUGGAGCUCUAGAAAAGUGCUCACAGGGCAAUUUUUGACUUCGGAAUCAUGAUCAGCAUGGUUGAUUUGGUACACUUUCAUCAAAAAUUCAACUUUUUCAUCUAAAAAAUAUUCAAAUUCAGGAAGAAGAAGACUUUUUCUCACAAGAUUUCACUCAUUCUUCGGCUUCAGCGACUUCAUUGAGUAGCGAUGCUUAUAUCACAGAUCACAAAAAACCCGAAGACACCCAAGGUCCAAAUGUCGAUCAUCUCGAUUCGGCGCCAGUUCCAACAUCAGCCCCAGUCUCGGUUAUUCUCAAAAAACCCAUCAAAAAAGCGACACUGGGCGCCAAGAAAAAUGGAUUGGGAGCGCAAAAAGUUCGCGUCAAUUUCGAUGAGAUUGAACAACGAGCAGCGGAGAAGGAGAAACAACAAGAAGCUGAAGUUGCUGCAAGUAAAUUGGCAUAUCAAGAAGAGGUUGUGGCGAAAAAAGAUAGCGAACAAGCGGUUGAGAAAAUGAGCGCGAGAUUUGCGAUGCAAGAUAUUGAUGCGCAACGGAAAAGUAUUGAGGUAAGAUAUUUCAAAUUGAAUUCUCUGAAUAUCCGAAAAUUGUCAGGCUAAAGUUGCGAAAGAUCCAACAAAAGCAGCUACCGUUGACCGUCUUGGAAUCGGCGGUGUUGGCCGCACAAAAGCUGUUCAUUCAAUCGCCGGCGGUGUUCGAACUAUCAAACAGGCCGAUUCUUUCACCCCAAUCCGAAAAAUUCAACAAAAAGAGGAGGAUGAUUGGGAAGUUGUUGAUGAUACUAAAUUUGGAGCAAGUUCGAAUCAUAAAGAUGAUGAUUUAUUCACAAAUGAUUACUCGAAGAAAACCAAUAGCGAUGAAUUUUUCGAUUCUUUCGAAACUCAGCCACAGUAAGUUCUUUAUUAUAGUUUUUUGAACAUGAAUAGUAAGAAGUUUUGGUAUUUUCAGAAAAUCAAGAUAUUCUGGAAACACAUCUUCUUCUGGAAAUACAACAACAACUACUAGAUUGGCUGCUCCUUCUUCAGGUUCUAGUUCGAAUGUUGAAAGCGCGAAGAAAUUCGGAAAUGCGAAAGCAAUCUCAAGUGAUAUGUAUUUUGGAACAAACGAAGUUGAUGUAAUUUUUUUUUGUUAACUCAAAAUGCAAUUCACAAAAAUUUAAGUUGAACAUAAAUUUCAAAAGAUAUAUUGUCCUUCCGAAAAAAAAAGAACCUUGGAAGAGAACCGAAAUGGCCUAGGAAACCAAAACUACAGUAGACUUCGCGAAAUUUUGGAGUCUAUUUGAAAAAUAAAAUGCGAAAUUUACACGCUGGCUAUUUGCCAACCAGUUUGAUAUGCAUGUGUCACGUCAUUUUUAGUCUACUGUACGUGAGCGCCAUUUCAAACGGGGGUUCUUUUAUUUUUGGAAUGACAAUAUGUGGCCGAACUAUUUUGGUGGCCGAGAAAUCGUCGGGAAUUCGGCCAACGCAACAAACGCGAGAAUUUUCGCAACAUUAGAGCGAGUUUGUUGGUUUGGCCGAAUUCCCGAUAUUUCUCGGCCACCGGAAUAUUUCGGCCACAUAUUUUUUUCUGAAAUUUAAAUUUCAAUGUUUUGUGAAGUGCAUUUUGAGUGUCAUUCUUUUGAACAUUUUUAAAAGUGCUCAUAGUCUCGGCGAUUCAAAAAUUCAUAUUCAAAAUUUUCCAGUUCGAAACCAAAAGUGCUCUCUCCCGAUUCGAAGGUCAAACCUCACUCGGAUCCGAAGAUUUGUGGGGAAACGGUAGUCAACAACGUCAAUCGAGCCAAGUUCCAGACAUGGGUGAAUUGAAGGACUCGUUCCGCGCUGGAGCAUCGAAAGUCGCUGAAAAAUGGUCGACACUGUCGAAUUCAUUCUCUUCCUACAUGUCGGUGAGUUUUUUUCUUCUUGUUUUGUUUUGAAAAAUCUUUGGAAUUCAAAAAAUAUAUAAUUCAAUUCAAAAUUGAAAAGUUCAGCGUGGAGCUCCAGCACCAAAUAAGACAUAGGUAAAUUUAUAUUUGUGGUGAUUUUUCGUUUGAGUGUGUUUUGUGUUACUUUUUUUCGGUAUCCGGGGUUUUUCAGUUCAGUGUUGUUCACAUGCAUAUUCAUAUUGAAAUUCGGAAUGAAAUGCAAUAAAACAAUAUUUUUGGCAUGUAUUAAAACAUCGAAAAACAUAGAGACAACGUGAAAUUGAGAGAGCGCAGCGUUUUUCGUACAAAAAAUUCAAAAAACCUUUUUUUCUGUCUGCGCUCUCCGAAUUUUACGUUCUCUCUAAUCGCAGUAUAUUUUGUUUUUUCGACGUUUUUUUGCAUACCAAAAUAUUAUUUUUAUUAUAUUUCAUUACAAAAUCAAUCGAUAUAAGAAAUAUUUCUUUUUCAAAAUUUCGAAAUAUUCAAAAUUUUACUUACAAAUGUGGUUAUAUCUUUAAGUUUCGAGUGGGCUUCUUCAUUCACACGCUUUGUUUUUUCCCGCCCAAAAAUUUCUCAUUUUUCAGGAUCGAUAUUGA